AACAAGAACAAAAAAACAAAACAAAAAGAGAAUUAAGAAUAAAAAUAGUAGAUUGCUUUGCCAAUCCAGUCACAUUGCAAAGAUGGACUUGAGCGAGAAUCUGGAGGAUCAAUAUUUUAUAUAUAAACAUGAGCAACUGUUUAGCGACAGUUUUCCAUUGUUCAAAGAGAUUCGUCGGAUGGGCAAGCUCUGUGAUGUCACAUUAAAGGUGGAGGACCAAAGUUUUUCCGCCCAUCGCAUUGUCCUAGCAGCAACAAUUCCGUAUUUCUAUGCCAUGUUCACCAACAACAUGGCCGAGAGUCGGAUCAAAGAAAUCACCAUGAAAGAGAGUGCUAUAGAACCGAGUGCCCUGGAGAGCCUCAUCAAUUAUGCUUACAGCGGCCAACUCCGGAUUGAUAAUGUAAAUGUGCAGAAUUUAAUGGUUGGGGCAUCCUUUCUCCAAUUAACCCAUGUGAGGGACGCCUGUGCCACCUUCUUGAUCUCUAGAUUCCAUCCACACAACGUUUUGGGCAUUCGAUCCUUUGCCGAUGCCAUGAUCUGCCGUCAAUUAAUCGAUGCCGCCGACAAGUUCAUCGAGCAGAAUUUUGCCAAAGUCUCGCAGUCUGAGGAGUUCCUCACCCUCGAGUGUGAUCAGCUGCUGGAGUUAAUGCGCCGGGAUGAGCUCAAUAUCCGUACUGAAGAAGUUAUGUUUGAAGCCUGCAUGAAAUGGGUGAAGUAUGCAGAGGAAAAAAGAUCGAGUCUGUUUCCCCAGGUAUUAGCUGCAGUGCGUUUGCCGCUCUUGUCACCACAAUUCUUGGCCGAUCGUGUGGCUCGCGAAGAGCUGAUACGCUCCUCACACCAAUGCCGAGACCUUUUGGACGAGGCAAAAGACUUCCAUUUAAUGCCAGAGCGAAGGGGAUUGCUUCAGAGUUUUCGGACUCGUCAGCGUCGCGGUGACUUCUUCACAGGCCAAAUUUACGCAGUAGGUGGACUGGCUAGCACUGGUGAAUCAGUGAGCACAGUGGAGAUCUAUGAUCCCAUAUCCAAGAAAUGGAAAAUGGGUGAGCAAAUGUCAAUGAUGAGAUCCCGUGUAGGCGUGGCAGUCUUGGAUGGCAAACUGUAUGCGUUUGGUGGCUUCAAUGGCACCGAGCGUUUAUCUACUGUGGAAGUCUAUGACCCACGCAAAAACAAAUGGUCCCAGGGCUGUGCCAUGUUAUGCAAACGAAGUGCAGUGGGCGUGGCUGCACUAGAAGAUUGUAUCUAUGUGUGCGGAGGUUACGACGGUGUGACCUCACUUAAUACAGUGGAGGUCUACUACCCCAAGACAAAUAACUGGAAAACAGUGGCACAAAUGAUGAAAUAUCGUUCCGCUGGCGGGGUAACUCAAUUGAAUGGCUAUGUCUACGCUUUGGGUGGUCAUGACGGUCUUUCCAUUUUCGAUUCGGUGGAACGGUACGAUCAAAAUGAAGAUACAUGGGUCAAGAUGGCUCCUAUGCUAAAUCGACGCUGUCGCCUGGGUGUGGCCACAUUGAAUGGCAAAAUCUAUGUAUGUGGAGGAUACUGUGGCAACUCGUUUCUACGCUCUGUGGAGUGCUAUGAUCCAUUGACUGACACCUGGAAAUUGGUUACUCCAAUGAAUUGUAAGAGAUCCCGUGUAGCCUUAACGGCAAAUAUGGGUAAACUUUGGGCCAUCGGUGGCUACGACGGGGAAUCGAAUCUGUCCACGGUCGAGGUCUAUGAUCCCGAGACAGAUAAGUGGACAUUCAUGCCAUCGAUGUGCGCCCACAGUGGUGGGGUGGGUGCCGGGGUUAUACGUAUUGAAUGAAUUAGUCUGCCUAGCCAAAAUUUAAUGUAAUUUAUAUCUUUUAUAGGUAAUCUAUGCUGUAUACUAUUAAUUUGUUAGUAGGGUCUAAGCUUUAUCUAACCAUAUCUGGGUCAUCAAUUGUUUAGUAUAUACAUAUAUCUCAUUCCAGUUGUUUAUUUGUUAGUUUCUAUUAUUAGGCUAGUCUUUGCAAUACUCAAUUACAAAAGUUUAAAUCAAUGUAAAAAGAAAAAAAAAAAACCUUAAAACCAUUCAAAAU